AUGUCAGAUGAGAACUUUAUGAAUUUACUAUUGAAAGAUGAUUUACAAUCUCAAGGAGACGAAGAACAAGCAUAUGGAUCCAAUUUAGAACCUGGAGAGGAAGAACAGGGUCAGAUUUGCUCCUGGAGCACCAAGCGCUACAGCUGGCACGUAGCAGGUUUUGGCUGUGGUCCAGGUCGAACCUUGUUUAGAGCACAGGAGAAGCAGGCAUAUAUUAUGUAUUUCCUUACCGGCUUUGAUUUUUCUUUGUCUACCUUCAUUAAUGUUCCUACUUGUUCGGACAACUUGAAGUUGAAAAUUGUCGUUUUAAGUAUACAGAUGCAACCAGGUCCUGUAAUGGGCACACAUUUGCCAACUCUGAGAAGCCUCUUAGAGCAUCCAAGUCAUCAAAUACCUUCAAGAUCCUCAGUGAGAGCUGGUUUCCAGGGUUCUCUUGGAUCCAUGGUGCUGUCACCUAAUUAUGGUGGCAUAAAAGCUGGCCUUGGGGCUCCAAGGAAGCAUCAGAAAACAUACACAGCAUACACCAAGGAACAAAAGUGCCUGUUGCAAGAAUAUUUUCUUAAGUGCACAAAUCCAAAAGGGGAGGCACGCAUGGAUCUGGCAUCAUCAAUUAGUGUGACAGCGAAUGAGAUCCAGACCUGGUUCAAGAACAAUCGAGCUAAGUCCAAGCGGAAGAAUCUUCAGAAUGUUCCAGCAGCACUGCCAGAGACAAAUGGAAGCUCUGAAGCUGUUUCUGAGUCAACCCAUUUUCCUGAUUCCUUACCUGUAGUUGCCUCCUCCAAUGAAGAGUUCAUGUGUUCAGGCACAUUUGUUCUGUAUUCCAUUCCAAAACUCAACUGCAGCCAGGAAUCUUCUCUGAAUUGUGAUCAGGUCUGUGAUGGUGCCAGGUGUAAUCAGCAAGCAAACCUGCUUGAUGGCCAUGCCCCUGUUCCAGCUGGGGACUCUGGUCAAUCAGCAGCAGUUCAAGUCCAGACUAGCCUAGCAGUAGCUGAAGCUCCAGUAGCCAUGUUAGCUUCCACCCCAGGUCCAGAGGGUGCUCAAGAUUCAGGUCCAUUUGCUGAGGAGCUCUGGCAACGGGUUCUUGAGGACUUUGAUGAGUUGGAGGAUUGGUACACUUGGAGAUACCCCUAAA